AUGCAAGAAUCCUUACACAAGCACCUGAGAGAGGCCAAGAGCCGAUUUAUUUGGUUAAGGGGCUCCCCUGGGAUGGGGAAGACUGCGAUCUCUAUGAGUGUCGCAUCCGCCCUUGAGGAAGAGGAUAUUCUGGCAGCGUCAUUCUUUUGGGACAAGAACCAGACAGGAACAGGCUUGGAUUCUAUCGAGCAGUUCCCCUCUACCCUUGCCCACCAACUUGCGUCCUUCAAUAAAGACUUCAAAGCGUCGCUUAUCAGACACCUUCAACACCCGGCUCUGGCCCUAGUUCAGGAUUUCCCCCUAGAAAAACAAAUGAAGGCACUGAUUAUUGAGCCGAUGCGCGACCUGGAGGACACGCUAUCUUCAGGCAAGUUCAUCAUCGUCUUGGAUGGUCUUGACGAGUGU